UUGCAACAUAAACUGCUAGAAGAAGAAGAUUUAAGCUUGGCGCAGGUUGAAAAGAUGGUAAUCAACACGGAGAGGGCUGAAAAACGGGCUCAACAAAUGGUUGAAAAUCGUGUGGAAAAUGUUGGUGCUACUGCUAGUGUUCUAGCUGUUCAUCAGCGAUUGGGACCAAAAGUUAAUUCUUGUUCGGGGAGAUAUCGUUCACGCAGCAGGAGUCGUGAUCGUGGUCAUGAGCGCAGAGGACGUGACAUGGAUCGCAGAGGUCGAGAAGUGAGUCGUGAGAGGCGAGAUUACGAUCGCAGAUCUCACAAUCGUAAUCACAGCUACGAUCGCAGCCGCAGCCGUGAACAAAAUUACUACAACAAUGCGAUUUGUAAUUAUUGCAAAAGAAAGGGACAUAUUAAGCGUUUUUGUGAUUUGCUCGCGGGUAAACAAGUUAAAAGGGUGAAUUUUGUUGAAGAGGAUACUCCUGAAACUAAACCGGUUUUUGACAAAUUCAACAGAAUCAGAAUCAACAACUCUGAGGAUGAUGAAAGUGAGAUGCAGUGCAUGAAAAUUGGGGAUGAGAAGACCUUAAGUGAGCCGUGUUUAGUGGAUGUUCAAGUUCAUGACAAAUUUUUGGAAAUGGAAGUUGACACAGGGUCAGCAGUUGCUGUUAUUAGCCAACAUUUGUACGAGCAACAUUUCAAUGAAAUUCCUCUAAAAUCUUGCAAUAAACGCUUGGUUGUGGUUAAUGGUUCGGGUUUGGAGGUGCUUGGACAGAUUUCUGUUGAAAUUGGGUUGAAUAAGCGAACCGAGACCGGAAAUUUGGUUGUUUUGAGGUGUUUGAAGAACUUUACACCACUUUUAGGCAGAGAUUGGCUUGACAUGUUCUAUCCUGGCUGGAAAACUCAGUUUUUACCGGCAAAUAUCAUUGGAAAUUUGGAUUACAAAUCAACUGACACAGUUUUAGGGUACCAAGCUGAUCUGACCUUUAAAUCAGAACAACCAAUUUUCAAGAAGGCGUAUCAAGUUCCGUACAAGAUCAAAGACAAAUUUAAUGAGCAUUUGGACAUGUUGGAGCGACAGGGAGUGAUCACACCGAUCAAGGCGAGCGAGUGGCCUUCGCCAGUUACUGCGAUUGUGAAAAAGGAUGGGGAUUUACGCAUGUACAAAGCACUUAAGCGUAAGUGGAAGUACGCUGCACGGUGGUUGGAUUGUCCGACCAUCCAGCAGCUGGCCGGCGAGUUGUCCACCCGGAGGUAG